GCCUGUAGCGAGUACUCGUGCCCCCUCGCCUGCGCUCUGUUUCGGUGUUUCCUGUCUCCGGUGGCGACGACUGGGCGGCCGACGCUGCCGUCUCCCUACGCCAGGUGGCGAGGUCUUUCAUCUUCGAGAUCUUCGCCGGCGACGAGCAGCCACCUGGAAUGCAGUGGUGGAAAUUUGAUGAGUAAGAGCAACGGGUCUGAUACUCUGAUACGAUGUCACUGAAACUUCCAAUUCCGCAAGGGCUUUCCUUCUUAAGAAGUGUUGGAUGGUUUGAGGACCGGAAGGUUGAUUCAUCAGCCAAACAGCAGUUAUCCCCAACGUUGAAACUCCAGACAGAUAAGGAGGCCUACAGACCUGGCGAUUCAGUCACUGUGACUAUUGAAAUCUGUAGCCCAGCUAGUUUGAAGGAUGAUGCUGGGCAGACAGUAUCGGGCGAGGAUACCCCCUCGCUGUUGUUAGAUGUGCUCUCCUUUGAACUUAAGGGGAUUGAGAAGCUGGAUAGUCAAUGGUUCUCUGUUCCAAAGCCCUUACCAGGGUCUAAACAAAGGCGAGGUGAACAUAUGUUUCUGGAUUGUUCGGCACCAUCACUGGUCUCUAAAGUAAUAAUUGGUGCAGGGCGAACAAAAACGUACAUUGCACGUGUGGAGCUCCCAAAGAUUUUGCCGCCAUCUUAUAGGGGCAUCAGUAUCCGCUAUUUUUAUUAUGUUAGGACCACAUUAUUUGGAAGGCCAGUUAUACUGGGUAAUGGAGACCAAUAUAAAGGUCUUGUGAAUAGUGCAAUUCAACUGGAAGCUCGAGUCCCAUUACAGAUACGUGUUUCCCAGAAAAGCAACAGACUACUAAACGAAGAAGAUGUUUUAGGGAAUCUGCCAUUCUCGGUGGAUCAACCUGGCAUAUUUUGGAAGGAAAAAGAUGAAGAUUCAGAAUGGAACAAAGCAAAUGAAAAUGCUGAUCUAGAAGAAGGAUAUGAUAGUUCAAAAGAUGAAGUUUCAUCUGUUUCCUCAUACAAUCCUUCCAAAGCAAAUCCUGAAUUCUCCCUGAGGAGCUCGUUGUCAAUGCAGUCUCUGUCAUCACGGCUCUCCACGAGUGAGCCAUUUUACAAUCAAGUAGAACGACCUAAUUUCCCAUCAUACAGUCCAAUUCCUCGAUUUUCAGUGUCAGAGAUUUCAGAUUAUCACGAUGGAGGUUUAGUGGCACCUCAAGGGAAACUAAAUCUUUUGCUACCGGACCAUCCUUUGAAUGGGCAAAGGGUCUCUCCAGAUUCUGAUCACUCAAAAGAUGAUGUUGGACUCCCCCUUACACCAAAAAAUGUGGAUCCAGCUGGAUCUGAAGGCUUUACAACAGGAAGAUCUUAUAAUAUAAGAAUUGAUGACCAAGUUUUGCUUCGGUUUUCACCAAAGAAUUCUGACUCAACUUAUUACUUUGGUGAUAUGAUUGGUGGAGCACUUACCUUCUUUCAUGGAACUGGAAAACGGAGGUGCCUUGAGGUAUCUAUAACCCUGGAAACAUCAGAAACAAUUAAUCCUCGUGCAUUACAUCCUUCAAGAAGAGGCUCACCGACAAUAACAAAGCUACACAGUGAACAUCAUGAGGUUGUUGCGGAUCUUCACCAGACAAGCUUUCUAUUUUCCAUUCCCAUUGAUGGCCCUAUGUCAUUUUCUACCUCAAAGGUCACUGUACAGUGGUCUCUUCGGUUUGAGUUCUUCACAACUCCGGAAGGAACAGACCCAGCUAGGUACGAGCACCCACUCCUUGUUGAGAAAAGGGAGAAGGGUGAAUGGGUCCUCCCUGUAACUGUUUACGCACCUCCAUUGCGCAGACGAGCUACUCAUGGGAGGAAUGAUAGAUCUGUCUUACCUGGAAAUAUCUUCAACUCUUGAAGUGCAUUGUUGCCUGCAACGCCUGACUGUUGCCGAAGUACAGUUACUUUCAGCUGGAAAGGAUUUGCAAAUUAUUCUGACUGGUACAGUUGCGUCAAAAGGAUUUCCUCACAGUCGAUUGUUUAUAGGAUAUGUAAUGUGAUGCCUAUUUUUACAGAAGCACUUCAGAAAUAGAGACCAAAUGGACUGAGAUACUUGACUUGCACUAAGUUUGUUUAUUGGAUAAUUUGUUUCAUCGAUUUGUAUCCCAUGAGAGCAGGCAUUAGCUUUUGGUGUUUAAGAUGUACCACAGAAUAUAGUGAGUCUGACACAAGCGGCACACAAUGCCAGGUGCGGACGCAGUACAGGGGCAUGGCCCAAUAAUUUUGAUAAAAAAAAAGAUACUUGUAUGUAUAUUACUAUAUAUUAAUGUAUAUUUGCAAUUUGGUCA